GUGGCGCCGCGGUUCGAGUCCCAGGGUCCCGGCUUCCUCAUGGCCAAAUUCGUGCUCGCGGGUAGAGCAGAUUGCCCGUAUUACGCCAAAGCAGAACUUGUAGCAGAUUAUUUACAAAAGAAUCUUCCUGAUUUUCGGAUACAUAAAAUUACACAACAUCCUGAUGUUUGGGAGGAGUGGCUAAAAGAUUUGUGUAAAAAGAAUAAGUGGAGUCACAAAAAUUCCCCCAUCAUCUGGAGAGAGCUGUUGGAUCGUGGAGGAAAGGGUUUGCUUUUGGGAGGAUAUAACGAGUUCCUGGAACAUGCCCAGCUUUACUAUGGUGUCACCUCUAGCAUGACGACUGAGCUGAUGAAGACAGUUGCUCAAGAGAACCUGGGGACACAUAUAGAAAAAGAACUGGAGAAAGAAGCCCUGAAAGGUCUCAUCAACUCUUUGCAGGUCUGGAUCACCAGUGCAUCAGCUCCUGCCUGCUACAACCUAAUCCCCAUCUUGACAAGCGGUGAAGUGUUCGGACCGCACACAGAAAUUAGCAUAAACCUAUUUGACAGUAAGCAGGCAGAAGAAAAACUCACAAGCCUCGUGGAAGAGGCUCAGGACCUGGCGUCGCCCUUGCUCCGGAGUGUGUCCGUCUGCACCCGAGAGGAGGAGGCCUUCCGCCAGGCCCACGUGAUCAUCGUCCUCGACGACCACGUGGAGAAGGAGGUGUACAGUUUGGAAGACUGCAUCCGCAGCAGGGCUCCUCUGUGUCAGCUCUACGGGACCCUGAUUGAGAGAAAUGCUCGUGAUUCCGCCAGAAUUAUUGUGGGAGGAAAAACCUUUGUGAAUCUCAAAACGGCUUUGCUUAUGAGAUACGCCCCAAACUUUGCCCACAAUAUCAUCGCUGUGGCCUUGGGCGUGGAAGGAAAAGCGAAGGCAGCGCUGGCCAGGAAACUGAAAACGACUCCCUCACGCAUCAAAGAUGUGAUAAUUUGGGGUAAUAUUAGUGGAAAUAACUACAUCGAUCUGAGAAAAGCCAAGGUUUACAGAUAUGAGAGUGCUAUUUGGGGACCUCCUGACUAUUCACGCCCUGUUUUAAGCCUGAUUUUUGAUAGAGAGUGGGUAACCAGAGAAUUUGUGGUAAGUCUUAAAAAGUUGACCUCCACAGGAAGACGAUUCGGAGGCAUCUUAGCUGCACACAGUAUAGCCACUACGUUGAAAUACUGGUUCUAUGGCUCACCCCCUGGGGAGAUUGUGUCUUUAGGGGUAUUGAGUGAAGGCCAGUUUGGUAUUCCUGAAGGGAUUGUCUUUUCAAUGCCUGUGAAAUUUGAGAAUGGAACUUGGGUGGUUCUUACAGAUCUCGAAGAUAUUGAAAUAAGUGAACAAAUAAUGACCAGAAUGACAAGUGAUCUAAUUCAGGAGAAACUUGUUGCACUUGGAGAGUUGGUGGAUUUUCAGCCAUACCAAUCAGAAACUGACUUAGCCAAGGAAGAUGAAAAGACUACCGUACCCACCACAAAUGACAACCAGGAACGUCGGAAAGUCUCAGAUGACUAUAAAGAUUUGUUUUCUGAUCUAAUGCCGGAUGAUGAAAAAGAUCUAAUUUUGUCAGAUGAUUCUGAAGGCAUAUCUAUGGAACAGUAACAGAUCAAAUUAGAUCAACUGUAAAAUUAUUUGGUAGUGUAAUAAAUAUGGAAAGACCCAUGAAUGUCUGUAUUUAGGGAAGAAUAAUUUGAAAGAUUUACUUCAGUCUCAGGUAAUAUUAUGUGAGACAAUUAAACAACAGUGACAGCACACACACAAAAAGUCAGAGGUUAAUCAUUUUAUGUUACCUGAAUCCAUUUAUGUGUUUGCUUAUUAUUGCAUUUUCUCUAAGUAGCUUGGUGUCAACUGCUGUUUUAUAAACUACACUAAAAUGGAGUUGUCAGUCACUGCAUCCUUGUCCACACAUCUGAGAGAACCUCUUCCUCCUGCAGGCCAUACCUAAGACGUGGGCCUAGGUGGCUGUGUUUGCUCAGAUGUCCUUACCACCUUGGCCUCAACUGGUUGGGCCAGACUGGAUACACCUGACUCAAGGAGAAACAAUCAGAGUUUCCUCUUGCUCUCUCAAAGAUUUUGAACUGAGAAAAGAUGAAUGAGUAAGUUGCUGUCUGAGUGAUGGUAAUGGCAGCGAACAAGAGAAGGCCACAGAGUUCUGCCUGUGAGGUCUUCAGAGCCACUCCCGGCUGUGUAUUGUUUUUCCUUGGAUUUGCCUUUAUUUUAGUCUAUAUUGAAUAGAUUUCUGUUUCUUGACACCAUAUAUUGCCUGAGUAAAUGGAAUUUUGAAAGAAAAGCAUAGUAUUUUACCUUAUAAUUGCAUGAUUUAAGAAAAAAUUAGUCUUUUAUUAAAGCGGUAGUAGUCAUACCCAUCUACUCAUGUAUUUCAGGCUAAUUAGACUGUUUACAAAUGCCAAUUAGGAACUUUUUGAAAGACCAGGAGUGGUGUUAAAAACUGCUGUUACCUGUGCUUUCUCUAUAAUUUUAAAUGGUGCUUAAAGUACAAACUGCUUUCUGAAAAUUCAGGGAGCUUUCAGAUGCUUCUACAUUGC